CAGGCCGUAAUCAAAACAGAGCUAUCCUCUUUGUGAUUUUGCGACCAUUUUACUCAAAAUCAGCUACAAUGGUUCCACUUACUGCUAUCUUGUAAGCGUCCUUUCGUUUCGCAGAUUCUGUCGUCAUACAUAUACCAUGCUAUCAACACCCACAAUACCAACGCACCCAACUACUCCAUUUUAUCCUCUCAAACUCCUUCAUUAUUCCCAGCCAAAGUCCCAAGCUAUCCAGCAAAGAAACCCAAUUCUUGUUGGACGCGACUUUGGAAAGUCGAGAAUGGCUUCCCUUGGUGGGUUCGGCGUAAAAUCACAAAUAGGUAGCAGUUCCUCAACUGUUGACGGUGUUACGCUUAUAGAGUAUAUGGGUAAGCGAGGAAUAGGCUUGGGGGAUGAUCUGGUAGUGCUGUUAGAACAUAUACAGUAUGCUUGUAAGAGAAUUGCUGCUCUCGUGGCUUCUCCUUUCGGUUCCAGUCUUGGCAAACAGACUACUCUCGGUGGCGGUGGGGGAACCGGCAGGGAUGCUCCGAAGCCACUCGAUAUCGUCUCAAAUGAGAUCAUCCUCUCAUCACUUCGGAAUUCGGGAAAAGUUGCUAGCAUGGCUUCGGAAGAGGACGAUGCUCCAGUUUGGAUAAGUGAUGAUGGCCCAUUUGUGGUGGUUUUGGAUCCCCUCGAUGGUUCUAGAAAUAUUGAUGCCUCCAUUCCCACAGGAACUAUAUUUGGGGUUUAUAGCCGGCUUGUGGAGCUGGAUCAUCUUCCGCGAGAGGAGAAGGCUGCACUUAAUUCAUUGCAGACUGGAACUAGUCUUGUUGCUGCUGGAUAUGUGCUCUAUUCAUCAGCCACAAUUCUCUGUAUCAGCUUUGGUUCUGGGACUCAUGCUUUUACAUUGGAUCGUUCAACCGGAGAUUUCAUUUUGUCUCAUCCAAGCAUUGAAAUCCCUCCUCGGGGGCAAAUCUACUCCGUAAAUGAUGCACGAUACUUUGAUUGGCCUGAGGGGUUAAGGCGAUACAUUGACACAGUGAGACAAGGGAAAGGCAGAUACCCAAAGAAGUACUCGGCCAGGUAUAUAUGCUCUCUUGUAGCUGAUUUCCACCGGACCCUGUUGUACGGUGGAGUAGCAAUGAAUCCAAGGGACCAUCUUCGCCUAGUUUACGAGGCAAAUCCUCUAAGUUUUCUGGUGGAGCAGGCUGGUGGCAAAGGCUCUGAUGGUAAAUGUAGAAUUCUUUCAAUUCAACCAGAUAAGCUUCAUCAAAGGCUUCCUUUAUUUCUAGGGAGCUCAGAGGAUAUAGAAGAGUUGGAAAGUUACGGAGAUGUUCAGCAGAAAGUGAAUCCUGGGUAUGAAGUUUGAUGCUAGAGUGAUUCCCGUCUAAUGUUGUGAUUUGAAUCCACAUUUGUCGGUUUUCUGCCGGCUGGAUAUGUCCAUUGACAACUUGAAGUUAGAUGACAAGGCUAUAUGUAUUUAUUUAUAGGUUCUAAAACCCUUUUAGUCCAGCAAGACCCUUCUCAUUCUCAUAUCAGUCGUGGUUUCAGAAAUAGGAUAAAAAGUGAGUGAAAGACUGGAAGGUUGAUAUGAGAUGUCUUUUGUACUUGAAUCUAUUUGUUUUAUCAUGAAUAGAAUGUGAUUCCUGUGUACACUCAAUGUGUACGUAGUU